UCUCUACGCACUCUCUCCUCCACGUAUCCUGCACGCCCACCGAAUUUACAGGACUUUACCAAUUCAAGCGAGUAUAAUUCUUAUCCCUACUCUCGACCGUACGCUUUUCGGUCUAAGUUUCCCGUUAUUACCAGGUGAGGGUGCAACCUUUUUGCGGGACGGUACACUUCGCACUGCAGCAGUAACGGCUCUGAAAACUUUACCAUUUUUAACUCCGUUACCGUUUGUCCCGCACACGACAGUUAUACUCCUGAAUCUUAACCUCACGGCCCCUCUACAGCUCCACCAAUACCCCGUCGCUUUCUUCCUUCGCUCCUCCGCGUAUUUUUUCCGCCGGCCGCGCGUAACGGUCAUAUUUCCGGUGUCGUUUCUCGCUCUAGAACUAGUCAACUACCCUCUAUCUCUCUGAAUAUACCUACAGUUUUACAUUUAUGUAUGUAUAUAUUCAUUUAAUGAUUAAGGUUUCAGAGACGGGAAGGCAGUGAGAGAGAUGUGAAGAUUGAGCGAGUAGAAUGGUGACUGCUGUGUCGACGACGACUAAAACGCCAAACCCUAAGGUGAAUUAUCAGAGUCCGAAGAGGCAGCCAUUGUCGCCGUCCGAAGCUGCGAAUGGACCUACGAGAAGGCCGAAAUCCAGAGAGGUUACUUCACGGUACUUGUCGAGUUCAUCAUCAACCGUUUCGACUUCAACUACGUCAUCAUCCAACUCCUCCGGUUCCUAUUCGUCGCCGGCCUACUCCAUUUCGUCAAGGCGGAGUCAAUCGCCGGCAGUGACGAGGACGGCGAGACCGGCUGUGACGCCGAUUCAGAAUUCGGCUUCAGCUAAGCGGCCGCAGUCGGCGGAAAGGCGUAGGCCGGCUACGCCGGUGAGGGCGGAGAUGUCUGCAGCGACGAAGCUGCUGCUAACGACGUCUACAAAAAGUUUGUCAGUUUCAUUUCAGAGAGAAUCCUUCUCGCUGCCAGUUAGUAAGGCUAAGCCUGUGAAUAAUCUGAGCAGUGUGAGGAGAGGCACACCGGAGAGGAGGCUAACGGUACAGUCGUCUCCGGCUAAGGAUCGAUUUGGUAAUGCGAAGCCUAGUGAUCAGCAGAGGUGGCCUGGAAGGUUAAAGCCAAGUUCAACCUUUUUAACUCGAAGCUUGGAUUUAGGUAAUGAUCGAGCCGAAUUUGGAUCCAGAGGUGGAGUUCCACUAUUUCAUGAGAGUAAUCAAGUUAAAAUUCAGGCCAAAUCGAAAGAUGAAAUUCUCAAUGUUAAGCCACAGAGGAAGGUUAAUUCAAGUUUGGUCUGUGGAACACCUAUGUGUGUGGAUGCUGAAGCUUCAGAUAGUGAAAGUAUUUCUUCAGGGAGUGCUUCAAGUGGGCAGGAAGGUGGUUCUGUAGCUCAUUUAAUCGGAGGUCUGCGCCGUAAAGUUGUGCCAGCAAGGUUUUGGCAAGAGGCUAAUAACAGGAUUCUGCUGGUGCCAGAGCAAAGUUCGCCAGUAUCAAAAAAUGAUGGAUAUAAGACAAUGUCUCCUUCAAAGCAAAUUGGUAAUAAGAAAAUUUUAAAUGACAGGCCAAUAUCCUCACCUACCAGUAGAGGAGUUUCAUCUCCUCUUCGAGGUGGUCUGAGAUCACCAUCUCCAAGUAAGGCAUUGUCUGUGUCGACUAAUUCUCCACUAAGGGGGAUGCCAAGUCCAACUAGAACAAGAAAUGGUUCUGUUACUACAAUGACUAAUAAUUUGAGUAGUCCACCUUCAAUUUUAAGCUUUGCUGCUGAAGUCAGGAAAGGGAAGGUUGGGGAGAACCGAGUUGCUGAUGCACAUGAGUUUAGGCUAUUGUAUAAUCGGCACCUGCAAUGGUGCUUUGUCAAUGCAAGAGCAGAGGUAGCCUGCUUUGUGCGAACAGAAACGGCAGAGAGGAACCUAUACAAUGCAUUGUUGGCCACUUCGAAGUUACGCCAGUCUGUUAAAUCCAAAAGAACAGAACUGCUUUUAUUGAAGCAAAAUUUGAAGUUGUAUUCCAUCUUCAAGCGACAAGUGCCUUGUUUGGAAAGUUGGGAUCUCAUUGAUGGAGAGCACUGCAGUUCCUUGUCAGCUGCUAUAUGCGCUCUGGAGGCUAGCACUAUACGCCUACCGGUUGUUAGUGGUGCUAGGGCAGAUAUUCAAAAGAUUAAAGAUGCUAUUUGUUCAACUGUUGAUGUGAUGCAGGCAAUGGCGUCCUCAAUAUGCUCUCUGCUACCUAAGGUUGAACAGGCAAAUUCAUUGGUGUAUGAGCUGUCUAAUACAGCUGCCCAAGAGCAUGCUUCACUUGAUCAAUGUAAAGAUCUCUUGUCCAAGGUGGCAGCAAUCCAGGUCAAGCAUUGUAGCCUGAGGACGCAUCUGUUACAGCUGAAACGCUAAUUCAUCUAGCUCAACAAGAGAAGUGUAAACCACCACAUCUCUCUGACUGCUCACAUGAUCUUCUAACUUCAACCUACACUCUUUCUUAACCAAGCACUGCUCGGGUGACAUCCAAAAGCUGUUUAGUUUAUUAGCUAAGGAGUUAACAGUGCCCGGGCACAGGGAAUGCUGCUAUAAACUGCAAUUUGCGUGUGUAGUAGGUAGGAGCUUGCCAUUUGAUAGUUGACACCAUUAGAUUUUAACCGAUCUUAAUUUAUAGGCAUCCAGAGUAUAAGUAUAUC